GUCGUCGUCCCCAUUCUGCUGCAGGAGAGUGGAUCGUCUUUGCUUUCUGAUCAUCUAAAAGUUAUAAUUUACGAUCAAUUUGUAUUAUAAUUGCUCAAAGUCACGAGGUUUUCUCGCACACAUUUGAGACAAAAAUGAAGAAAGCUGAGAGAAAUGGGGAGAACUCAUCUUCUGGCGCGAAGAAGAGUUUUGGCCUCCAACUCAGUGAAAACGACGUUUCUUCAAGCGUACUGGGUGGUAUAGUCGAGAAGGGUUUCAACAAGCAGGUGUCACAACCUCAGGUCACUGUUCUUCCGUUUCCGGUAGCUCGACACCGCUCUCAUGGACCUCAUUGGGCACCAAGGACUAGCAGUUUGAGAACCCAUGGUAAAGAUGAGGAAGACGAUGGAGAAGAUGAAGAUCAUACAAACUUUGAUCUGGCUGCAGCUUAUGCUAAUCCCAUUCAAAGGAAACAGAAGAAAGGUUUGGAUUUUAGGCAUUGGCAAGAGCUCAUGAAUGGUAAUAAUACUUCCGAGUUUUCUAACAAGAGAGAACACAAGUUUGAUGAUAGCGCAAAACCGAGUGACCUGAAAAAGGGGUCGGGCAGCACAAUAUCCAAAGUAGUGAAGCGCCAUGAGGAAAAGAUAGGUGAAGUUGGUAUUGAUGAUGUCCACAGUAAUUUUGACGAUGGUAUGCGAUCAACCCUUAAGGCAAAGGACAUUUCAGAAAAUGUGAUUGGAGAAGCUCGAGAGGAGAUUAUGGUGGAUAUGGGGGAGUUGAAUACACCAGCUUCUCGUAUGCAUUCCAAUUCUCGUUCUGUAGAUGCAGGUAUUGAACAGGGUUCUACAAGUAUGGAGAGUGAGAUUGAUGCUGAGAAUCGUGCUCAGUUGGAGAAGAUGUCCACUGAUGAGAUUGCCGAGGCUCAGGCUGAGAUAAUGAAGAAGAUGAAUCCGGCAUUGAUAAAGAUAUUGCAAAAGAGGGGGCAAGACAAAAUGAGAAAGAAAAGUGAGUCUGGCUCUGCUAUUUGCUCCAUUGGCAAAGUGGUUGAUGAAAAGGCUGAGAAAGAAUCAAUCAGUGCCACUCUGCUCCCAGAGAGUGAUAAUGCUCAGAACAUGAUUGUAAGAAACCCAAAUCGUAAACAGACCGGGUUAGAGAGUAAAGACCUGCCUGAAGUUAAGUCAUCUGCUAGCAGUUUAUGGGAUGCUUGGAGCACAAAUGUUGAGGCUGCAAGGGAUUUAAGGUUUUCUUUGGAUGGAGAUGUAAUGACUGAUUGCAGUCAGGUGCCAGGUAAUGCAUCUGCUAUGGGUGUUUACAGUGGUGAAAAUGCUUCACAACGUGAUUUUCUUCGAACUGAGGGUGAUCCUGGUGCUCUUGGUUACACCAUCAAAGAAGCAUUGGCUCUCACUAGAAGCGUGGUUCCUGGACAACGGGCUCUUGCUUUGCAUCUUCUUGCCUCUGUUCUUUAUAAAGCACAAGAUAAUAUUCGCAGAAACCAGACAGGGUCAACUUUGAAAACCAGAAAUCAGAAUAAGAUUGUUGACUGGGAGGCUCUUUGGGCUUUUGCGCUAGGUCCAGAACCCGAACUUGCUUUAUCACUCAGGAUCUGUCUUGAUGAUAACCACAAUUCUGUGGUUAUCGCUUGUGCAAGAGUCAUUCAGUGUGUUCUGAGCUAUGAUUUCAAUGAGCUCUUCUUUGAUAUCUCUGAGAAAACAGGAAUCUAUGAGAAGGAUGUCUGUACAGCUCCGAUUUUUAGAAGUAGACCCAAGAUUGAUGUUGGUUUUCUUCAUGGCGGCUUUUGGAAAUACAACACGAAACCCUCAAAUCUUUUUCCUUUUGAUAACACUUUGAGGGAUGAUGAGGCUGAAGAUGAACACACAAUAAAGGAUGACGUUGUGGUUGCUAUACAGGAUAUUGCAGCAGGCUUGGUUAGAAUGGGAAUCCUUCCAAGAAUUCGCUAUCUAUUAGAGUCUGACCCUUCAGCAGCUUUGGAAGAAUGCCUAAUUUCUAUACUGGUUGCAAUAGCACGGCAUUCCCCUACAUGUGCAGAUGCAAUCAUGAAGUGUGAGAGGCUAGUUCAAGUCAUUGUGCACAGGUUCACUACAAAAGACCAAAUGGGAGUCGAUUUUUCAAAGAUAAAAUCGGUUAUCCUUGUGAAGGUACUGGCUCGAUCAGAGAGAAAAAGGUGUAUGGAAUUCGUAGACAAUGGAAUUUUCCGGAAGAUGAUUUCGCAUUUGUAUCGUUAUGCAUUCUCUCUUGAUCACUGGCUGAACAUAGAUACAGAGAAGUUCAAGCUUUCAUCAGCUUUGCUGGUUGAACAGCUACGUUUUUGGAAGGUUUGCAUUCAGUAUGGGUAUUGUGUAUCUUACUUCUCAGACCUGUUCCCCGCUCUUUACAUAUGGUUAGACGUUCCCACAUUUGACAAACUGAUUGGAAAGAACAUCCUUCAUGAGUUCAUCUCCAUCACUAAGGAAGCAUACCUGGUCCUUGAGGCUUUAACAAGAACGCUUCCAAAUUUUUACUCACACUCACAGAAGAUUGAUCGAACAACAGAGGAGCCCAUGAACGACACAGAGACUUGGUGUUGGAACCAUGUUGGUCCAAUGAUUGAUUUAGCACUUAAGUGGAUAUCAUUGAAAAGUGAUACGUAUUUAUUUAACUUAAUAUCACCAUCCAAAGGAAAUUUUGAAGAAUUGACUUCCAUGUUAUGGGUAAUAUCGGCAGUUAUGCACAUGCUUUUUGGUGUUCUUAAAAAUGUGAUUCCAGAGGAUAACUCUAGCAUUCUGGGUGGGAAUCUUCCAUGGCUACCCGAAUUUGUCCCAAAGAUUGGACUACACAUAAUCAAGAAUGGACUUUUGAACUUUACCCAAGUGAACAAACCCAAUAAUAGAAGUGGUACUGAUUGUGUUGGUUCUUUCCUUGAGUUUUUGUGUCAAUAUAGACAUCAAAGUGAUCAAGAAACAUCAUUAGCCUCUGCAUGUUGCCUUAACGGGUUGGUAAAGGUUGUAGUUUCGGUUAAUAAGUUGAUUCAGCUUGCUAACACUGAGGUCAUCGUUCCAUCCAUUGAGCCGCAGAGUUUAGCAAGUGCCGAUAAAAUUCUUACUGAUGGCAUACUCAAGUGUUCUAUGUCUGAGAUGACAACCUUAUUGACAUCUUUCAUGAAGUUGACUUCUUCGGGACAACUUGUGCAAUCUGUUGAGAUGUUUGGAAGAGGUGGUCCUGCUCCAGGUGUUGGUGUUGGAUGGGGGGCUUCUGGUGGAGGGUUUUGGUCUACAAACAUUUUGGUGGCCCAAAUGGAUGCAAGAUUGGUCCUGCAGUUGCUUGAGAUCUUUCUGGUGGAGUUUGCUAAGGAAAACCCCACAAAUGAAGAAUUAAACGUUACAAUGGAGAGAGUAAACUGUGCUUUCAACUUAUGUUUACUCAUGGGACCCAAGGAUGGAAUUAUAAUGGACAAGGUGCUCGAUAUCUUGCUACAACCACAAAUUCUCAAGUGUCUUGAUCUUGUUAUUCGCCGUUCCCUUGAUCUCAACAAUCUGAAAACAUUUGGGUGGCAGUAUAUGGAAGAAGAGUACUUGAUGUUUAGUGAGAAUUUAAUUUCUCACUUCAAGAAUAGAUGGCUACAUGUAAAGAAGUCCAAAGCAAAACUCAAAACUAGAGAUAGUAACCACGGAACCUCCAAAAAGAGCAAAUUUUCUCUUGACACCAUUCAAGAAGACGUUGACACAUCAAGGACAAUUAAUUCAACUUCUUUGGUAACGGAAUGGGCUCAUCAGAGGCUGCCACUUCCUGAUCAUUGGUUUCUCAGCCCCGUUUCAACUGUUGACUACACCAAAGUGGUCAAUCUUCCUGUUGAACCCAACUUCCCAGAAGUUGCGAGAUGUGGGCUUUUCUUUCUUUUAGGUCUUGAAGCAAUGUCCAGUCACAUUUCUUCAUAUUCCUACUCCUCCAUCCAGAGUGUGCCAGUCAUUUGGAAACUGCAUGCUUUGUCUGUAACUUUAUUUGCUGGGAUGAAUUUUCUUGAAGAGGAGAAGACUAGGGAUGUUUACAUCAAUUUGCAGGAGUUAUAUGGGCAGCUUCUUGAUAAAAAACUAUCAGAAAUGGGACGGAAUAAUAGUGUUGACUUUUUGAAGUUUGACAAGGAGAUACAUGACAGUUACUCCACAUUUGUAGAAACUCACGUGGAGAAUUUUGCUGGUGUGUCGUAUGGUGAUUUGUUAUAUGGCAGGCAAAUUGCAAUGUACCUACAUCGUUGUGUUGGAGCUCCAAUUCGACUUGCUGCUUGGAAUGCUCUGUCAAAUGUUAGAGCUCUUGAGCUUUUGCCACCGUUAGAACAAUGCUUAGCCCAGGAGGAAGGUUACCUAGAACCGUUGGAGGACGAUGAAACGAUUCUGGAAGCAUAUGUAAAAUCAUGGGUUUCUGGUGCUCUCGAUAGAUCAGUGACUAGAAAAUCAGUUGCAUUCACAUUGGUCAUUCACCAUGUAUCAUAUUUCAUAUUCGGUUAUCAUGCUGGUGACAGAAUUUCGUUACGAAAGAAGUUGGCCAAAUCUAUCCUUCGUGAUUACUCUCGAAAACCGGAGCAUGAGGAUAUGAUGGUAAAACUCAUGCAAUAUAAGAAGCCAACAACUUCUCAAAAAUUGGAUCCAGAAGAAGAUCUGUCCUUGCAGGGGUCUGAAAUAGCAAAGAAGCUUACAGUAUUGAGGGAAGCCUGUGACGAGAAUUCUACGCUUUUGAGCGUAGUGGAAAAGCUCAAGAACGCCAUCCCAAAACAACGAUAAUCUCGUUGCAGAGACAUUUACUUUUAAAAGUGGAUGAUAUUGGAUAUUCGAGUCUUGAGACUCUUGUUUGCCUCUCCAACUCUUCCAAGGCAUUCUAUGAUGAUAAACCAAUGUCAAAAUCGUCGGAAUUAUCAAAAAGCUCCGUUCGUGUUCGUCUCCAUCGAUCACUAUCUGUCAAAGUUGGGGUGAGUUACUCGAGAUUGAUUUUGUCAACGCUCGACUUGAAUAGUUUAAGUUUUAUAAUAUAAGAGAAGACCCUAAAAUUUCAUAAAUUUCAUCGGAUGAGUUUGUUGAUUUGAGUUUGAGAUUAGUUCGAGCUUCAAACGAGUUUGAGUUUAGAAAGUUGAUGGCGAAUGUCAUGGUGAUGUAUGAAUAUUGGAAACUUAUUGAAUACAC